GCUAUUCUCCGUUACCAAGGCAUUCUCAAGGCAAACACUAGCUGGAUAGCUAGGCUAGCCAAUCUGCCAGAUAAUCUUAUAGCUAUGAUAUAACGUCAACCCCCGUUGAGCGCACACACCGAGAUUAACUUUAAGUAUAAAAGAGUUUACUAGGACCAUCGACAACCUGCUUUAGCGACUUUAGCUUCUGCUCAGUUCGCUACGUGGCCUAAAUUAGAGGCUGAAACACCCAUUUUUGUUUGGGAUUUUCUCAGGUCUACAAGCUAGCUGACUUAGUAACAUUAACGUUUGCUCCACAGCCACAAUGGCUGAAUUUGGGUUUAAUGAACACCAUCAGAGUGAAGUCAUCAAUUAUAUGCGAUUUGCACGUUCAAAGAGGGUCCUGAGACUAAAGACUAUUGAUUCAUGCUUUGAAGAACUCAAGGAUAGCAGGCUGGUGGAUGAAACCUUCACAGUGGACGAAGUGAAGGAGAUGCUGGAUGGGCUGCAGGUGGUGGUGCGUGGGGAGGUGGAGAUGGAGCUCAUCAACACAGCCCACACCAAUGUGCUGCUGCUCAGGCAGCUCUUCUCACAGGCCGAGAAGUUUUAUCUUCGACUGCAGAGUGAUAUCUCAGAGCUGGAGAACAGGGAGCUGUUGGAACAAGUGGCUGAAUUUGAGAAGACCGACUUUAAAACCACCGAUAAGAUAAACCAGGAAACAAGCAAACCCAAGCUGGCACCUCUGAAUGAAGGUGGGGUGUCUGAACUUCUUAACAAGGAGAUAACGAGACUACAGGAGGAAAAUGAUAAACUGAAAGCCAGACUGCGGACUUUAGAAUCCCAGGCAAUGAGCGCGCUAGAUGAGAAAACCAAGGCAGAGAGAGCUCUGAAAGACCUUCAGAAGGUGCACGGUGAACAGCAGCUGGCUGCUAAAUCCCAGGAGAUCAGCAGUCUCGAAGACACAGUGGAAGCUCUAAGGGAGGACUAUGAAAGGUCUCUUAGUGCCAACGCUGUCUCCCAGAAGGAUCUGCAGGAGAACCUGAUUUCAUCCAAACAUGAGCUUCUGCGAGUGCAGGAGCAGCUGGCCUUGGCAGAGAAGGAGUUGGAGAAGAAGUUCCAGCAAACUGCGGCCUACCGCAACAUGAAGGAGAUCCUAACCAAGAAGAAUGAGCAGAUCAAAGAUAUUAGAAAACGAUUGCAGAGAUAUGAACCCAAUGAAUGAGCUCUAUCCAAGACAGCUGGUUAAACAGGUGUCCAGAGGAUGUGACAGGAAAAUUUAUGACUUGGACAAGAGACCAUCAGCUCUACUGCUGUAAGACAAGAGAGACAGAAAAAAGCACUUCCAUGAGGAAUUGUUUAUUCAUGCUUUAUCUGGCAUCUUCAGUAGUUAUUGGCUUUAGUAAAGAGCUGGCGCGGGGAGGUCGGCACACAACUGAACACGAAAAUGAAGUAGUGACAAAUGAUAGCCUUUUUCAGCUGUGCUUUUUUUUCUACGUCUCAAUUUGGGGCUCACUUACAGUAGCUAGCAGACUUCCCUCAGUGCUCUAUGCAAUUACUAUCACGUCCCUAUUUAAAGAGGCCUUGUCCAUUUGCUGAAUUGGACAGAUAUGUACUGUCUGCCUGAAGCUUUGCAGUCUUAUCUAUCAGAUGGUUAUAGGUAUAUAUUUAGCUUUCUAGCACCCGGUAAUUGAUUAUUGAUAUUUUGCUGAUCUGUCUUAAUUUUAGCAGCCCCUUUUGUAGUGAAACAUGAUUGAGUUAGACCCAAGCAAACCCUAGCCAGUUUAAUUUUUUUUAUUAAUAGUGAGCAGCUUUUGAAGUCCAGCUUUAAUUUGUUACCACAACACUUUUCUCACACAAAUAUUUCCAAUGAUCUGACAUUCUGUGAAAGUCUGAUCAUCGAAAAUAUACCAAAUUACUUGGUGCGUUAAUUUCUUCUGCUCUCGCAUAUUGAGUGACAUGGAUAGUGAUCUAGAACGAUUUCCCUACUUCCCUACACAAAGGGCAUAGAAUAUUUUUGUCUGGAAUCUUUAACUGUGUACUUUUCGUAUUGCUGUGGGUGAUGGAGUGUAACAGAAAAAAAAUAAAUAAAUAUAUACAUGAUGUUCAUGAAGUAAUGCUCUUGUAGAGUAUGAUACAUCUACCCUAUAUUACACUAGAUGUGCAUUUGUUUGUAUUGUGCAAAGUAUGGGGUAAUAAAAGCUGUUACCAAAUACA